UAUACAUGAACGUAAAUAUGGGGGAAAAAAAUUAUGAUUUUUUUUCAAAACCAUGGCGAAGGAGCGAUGCUGUGUUGGUGGUCGAAAGCAAAGAGCUUCAUGUCCAUCGCUACAUUCUGUCGUUGCAGUCACCUGUGUUUGAAGCGAUGUUCAACGGCAACUUCAAGGAUGCAACACAGGAGAGAAUCGAGUUAAAAGACGAUGACUAUUUUGCUAUGAAUGAAUUCCUCAAGUUAUUAUAUCCAACGAUAAUGCUGGGCGAUGAAAUUGUAGAAAUUGACGAUGACAAUAUUUUCGAUAUUCUCGAGAUCGCUGACAAAUACACAGCGAUAGAUGUCAUAAAGCGAUGUAUGAAUGAAGCUGGGAAUCUUGAGCCCGAAAAUACUUUGCGUCUUCUUCCUUACGCUGCACGUCACGAGUUACCACUUGAGAAAAUACUUGAUGUCAUUGCUAGGAGAAUCCCGACGGAGACGCUCGAGAACUUUGCACCAGAAAUCCGCGAUAACUCAGUUUACAUCAAGACUUUGCAAAGAAAGUGUCGCUUUCAGGAGAAUGUAAUAAACGAUAAAAAUACCAUGCUGUUAUACUUGCUGAAAAAAUACGUUGAUCGAGAAAUGUGGUUCUACUAUUUAUAAGUCGGUUCCCGGCACCUCAGCUAGAGCUCUGAAUGUUGAAGAAUUUGAAGAGGA